GAAAACUUUUGGAAUCACACCCAGAUUAUUAAAAAAAGAAAUUUAUUGCGCUUAAGUAACUUGAUAUUUUCGUGCAUGUCUUCUUCUGAUUUCACGUGUUUACUCUUAAGAGGUUCUAUUUUUCAUGUUUAGGAAUCUUUCAUUGAUAUUAGUAUAUUUUCAAUCUUGAUUUGGCCUCGUAAAUGAACGACCCUGAUUAAAUCUAUAUGAAUUAUUUAGUUAAAUAUUUUUUUCAGUUCAAAAAAUAUUAUUUAAUUAAAUAUAAAAUAAAAACUAGUACGAUAUCAGUCGAUCGAUGUCAACCAUCUCACGUGAAUGUGAUCCGUCUGAACUAUGAUUGAUCAAUAAUCGUCUACUCACUUCACUUUCCUAAUGCAUAGUUGUGUACUUGUAUUAAAAAUAUUAGCCUCGCGGGACACGUUACUGUUUAAAAAUAUAUUCUUUGCAGUAUAAAUAUAAUGACCCGGAGUGUGAACUGAAAUCACACAAGCAAUAUUAUCUCUUUCUCUAUAUAAUGGCAGGCAAGUGUAAUUUAGCGAGUGUUCUAGGGGGAUUUUUGGUAUUGACACUGUUACACAACCUGCUCAACGUUUCCGGUCAAAAUAUCCCGGCGGUGGCUUUGUUUACCUUCGGUGACUCCAACUUCGACGCCGGAAACAAACAGACUCUCACCAAAGCAAACGUUGCCCAAGGUUUCUGGCCGUACGGUAAAUCUAGAGAUGACCCUAAUGGCAAAUUCUCCGACGGUUUCAUCACUCCUGACUUCGUCGCAAAAUUCAUGGGGAUUCCGAUCCCAAUCCCGGCAGCGCUUAAACCGAACGUCAAUGUCUCACGUGGAGCUAGCUUCGCCGUUGCUGAUGCUACUCUUCUCGGAGCUCCGGUUGAAUCUCUGACUCUGAAUCAACAAGUGAGGAAAUUUAACCAAAUGAAAGCAGAAAACUGGAAUGAUGACUUCAUCAAGAAGUCAGUGUUUAUGAUAUACAUUGGUGCAAACGACUACUUGAAUUUUACCAAGAACAACCCUAACGCCGAUGCAUCUGCUCAACAAGCUUUCGUCACUUCCGUGACCAACAAGUUAAAGAAUGAUAUCAGCUUGCUGUAUUCAUCAGGAGCUAGUAAGUUUGUGAUCCAAACCCUAGCACCAUUAGGUUGCUUACCUAUAGUAAGACAAGAUUACAACACCGGAAUGGAUCAAUGCCACGAACUUCUCAACAACUUGGCUAAACAACACAACGAAAAAAUCGGACCGAUGUUGAACGAAUUGGCUCGAACUCCUGGUUUCCAAUUUACCGUCUUCGAUUUCUACAGUGUCAUUCUUCGUAGGACGCAGAGACCCUCCAACUACAGGUUCUUCGUGACGAAUGCAUCGUGCUGCGGUGUUGGGACACACAAUGCUUAUGGUUGCGGUUUACCUAAUGUGCACUCCAAGCUAUGCGAGUACCAACGAUCUUACUUAUUCUUCGAUGGACGUCACAAUACCGAGAAGGCACAAGAAAGUUUUGGUCAUCUUCUUUUUGGAGCCGAUCCAAAUGUGAUCCAACCAAUGAAUGUCCGCGAGCUCAUUGUUUACCCAGUCGAUGAGCCUAUGAGCGAGGUUUGGUUACCUACAACGUCAGCCAUGGUCCAAGCCAGCGACUCUAGCUCGUCAGCAAGCCGUGGUUACGAGUUCUACUGAGUCUCUAUAAACCAUAUAUGAUUCUCACAAAAAUCGGAUUCGUAAUGUUCUUAGUUUGUAACUUCUUUUUCAUCUUGCUCGAGUGAAUUUCCAACUAAAAUAAAAGAUUGAUCAUUGCAACUCUUACCACGUAUUGGACUGAUGAUAAAGUGAUUUAAUCUA